UGGCAAGAAAGUAUGAUACGCAAAGCACAGCAUUUCAAGUGGUCACACUUCUAACGUGAUCCCUGUGAGAGAUCCCCAGAGAAGAAGAGAGUGUCAAAUUCUCCGCCGCUUUGGCAAAACGCUCCUUGAUGUGUGCAAUGCUUAACUUGGGUGAAAUUUUCACUUUUCAGCAGGAAAAAACAAGUUGUCAAAGUUUACGCUGUUCGGCGAAAUAAUUUCGCAACGGUUGCGAACACAGCGAGAAAGGAUCUGUGAAAUUGGUGGAAAGAAUUUGUUUCAUUGAGGACAAAUUUCCGGUUGGCGUUGCCCGUACCCGGAAUCCUGUGAACUGUAGAGGGUGUGAAGAGAACUCUUUCUGAAGACUAUUUGAUUUGUAAAUUUCGCAGGGAGAAGCUGCUCCUACCCGUGGCGCAUUAGGUGAAUGUCGUGCUUUUGCUGCCAACAUUCUGGCCGCCCACCCACUUAAAAGGGGGUACGAAAAGAGUGAAGUGAAAAAGUUUUAGUGCGCUUCGUUGGUUUCCCUGAACUGUUUUCCACCGCCCUAAAAGAGGCGUCCGAGGAAAUAAAUGAUGUGAUUAGCUUCGCUACUUCAAAAGAAGCUGAACUUUUUUGUUCAAGGUCAGUUAAGGGGGAAAUGCAAUUAUUUCCGAAGCACAAGCACUCGAAAGUAUAAACGAUUGAAAGUUUUCAGUUUGCUGCUUGGCUGUCCGAAGGUAUCACUGCAGACCUUCGCCGGAAGUGUGGGAGUUGGGGAGAACUUUUCCUACGCAGUGAAUAGCAACGAUAACAAAUAUCGGCGGAAAAAAGCACGUCACCGCCAGUCAGCAGAGCAGAGAAGCAACAAAAGCCACUCAUCCGUGGAAAGUGGUUCUCUGUUGGCAGCACAGGUGGGUUGAGGUAGGAAAAAAAAACACAACCGGAAGAGGCGAACAAAGUGUUUUGUUGCGGAAAUUGAUUCCCAGAGUGAGAAGUGACUUGUAAACCCACCAACGAGAGUGUGAUUUGAUUUUUAUUUGGCUGAUUUUUGUUUUCCCACUUGGAAUCACGACGAAGGGAAAAUAACGGGAAGUGAUUGUGAUUUUGUAGUUUCCCGGGGGCGCUGCGAAGGUGCCAAAUGUGAUGAAGAUUUCCGAGUGACGCGGCGAAUCGGGAAAGUGGAAGAGCAAGGUGAUAUGUGACUCAAUUUACGUUGCGAGAGGCGAAAUAUUUCCCGUGAUCAGCAUAAAAUGUAGUCGACAUUCGAAACGCAAUAAACUGCUCGUAGAAGAUGUCAGCAAGGAUGCAGGAGAUCAUUGAAUGAAUGGAUUCAACGCCAACAUUCGCCGGAACCCAUAACCAACGGGUGGCAAUCUAUCUGUCAGCCUGGUUACCAUGUGAUCAACUAACAGCAGUUGGACGAACUAAAAGUUGCACGGAGUGAUUAAAACUGCCGGAAAGGACCCCCAGCCAGGAGUACCAACGCCAGCGAGCAGCCAGCAUUGCAGUAAAAAUUUCCGAAACGAAGCCAAACACCCUGGCGCUGGCUGGUGGUGCGGAAGAACGACGGAGGGAUCGCGUUGCAGGAUUAACAUUUUUUGUUUUUGGGCGAAAAGUUUCACCGAACCGAACGUGGCCGAGGUCGGGAAGAGAGUGUGCAUAUUGUGUUGAGCAGGAGAGAGCUCUAACUUCGAACCCGCUGCAGAAGUCAUACGAAUCGGUAGUGAAAAACGGGAGAUGAGAAGCAGAAAAAAACAUAUAUAUUGUGGAAGAACCAUAGAAGCAGAAAUGUAAAAUAAGUGUAGUUUUGUGGCUGUGAGGCGGCAGCCAGACGAAAAAAUCAUAGUGCUGUAACAAAGUGGACGUUUGCUCUGCUUGCGAUGCUUGUUCGUGUGUUGUGUGGAGAGAUAGACGAGUAAAGAAGUUGCUUAACGAACACCACUAUGAGUGGGCAGCGAACGAGCGGAAAAUGACCCACACAGCGAGAGGUGUGUAGACUUUUUGGUUCGUGGAUACGAUAUCCUGGCGCGUUCGGGAGCGAUCGGCUCGCACGCACACUGUAGCGCGCGAUUCGGGUGCGAGUUCAGUGUGUAGAGACGCGACACGAGUACGAAAGCUCAUAUAUACAAGUGGGUACCAACGAUGAGAAGUUUAGUACAACUUUAGACGCUCGAGACGAAGGAUGUUCGUAAGUGCUUCGUGCGCGCCCAAUUCGCGAUUCGUUAUGACGAGCCAGUAACCAUCGAACUAGAAGCGUGAACAGUGUAUUUUUUGUUGGGUUCUCUUUCGUUUCGUGCCAGUGCAAAAGUGAGUCCAGGACUCAUAAAUCGUAAACAUAAUCAGCCGACAGCGUUAAGGGAAGCUGGGAACAUAUAUAUUUGGAGCGAGUGUGGUGUUGUUAAGAUUUCAUCUUAUGUUUUGCGCGAGUGGAACCGAUUCGGAACGUGUGUGGAAAACGGCGGAAACAGAAGAAACAAAUUGUGUUGAAGUAUCGCGCAAAUGAACACAAGAAGAUUGGCGAAAAUGAGAAAUUACAUGACAUAACAACGCCGCAUCAGACGUUUCUCGCUUUUGCGCCAGUUCUCUUCGCAGUGUUUAAUUUGUUUUUGCAAGAAUUUGUGUUUUUGGUGCGAAAGAUAGGAGGAAAAAAGUUCCUUGAAAAAUGAAAUAAAUUUAUCUUGCAUGUUUGAAGCAAGCGUUAGAAGUGAAGAAGUGGUUCAUUCUCAACUGCGAACACCUCUCCAAGUUUGCGCGUGGAGUUGGGAAGUGAGUUUGGCUCGUGAGAAGCCAGCUGAAGAAACAUAGCAGAAGAAAAAAAAAAUGAGUCUAAUUACGCAGAAAACCGAGCUGAUGGCGUUACCGGCCCUGCUGCUGGUGCUGCUGCUGUCGGCACAAGUCAACUACAGCCUGCAGUAUGACUCAGCCGAGACGCAGCAAUACUAUCCGCCAGUUCCUGCGGAAACGAAUCUACGGUACGAUGCCCCGGAUGAUUGCAAGUAUCGCGUGACACCCGAAGAUGAAGUGGACCUAGUGUGCAACCUAAGAACUGUGAACAGUGAGUUUGAUAAUACGAACUUUAGUGUGAUACCCUCGGAGCAUACGGCCGCGUUGACUAUUUUCUGUAAUGAGGCCAUAAUGGCCCGGAGCAAGCUGCUGCCGAAGUCGUUUGCCCAUCUGAUGCGACUAAAGGGACUCGCGUUGGAGCACUGCAAAAUCGCUAAGUUUGGAAAUGAUGUGCUGUCGGGGUUAAGUGAUUUGCGGAAUUUUACACUGCGAACACAUAAUAUUAACUGGCCGGAAUUGAAUCUGGAGCUAGAGCCGGAGGUUUUCGCCCACACGCGAAACAUCGAGCAGUUGGAUUUGAGCAUGAACAAUAUUUGGUCGUUGCCGGAUCAUUUGUUUUGCUCGCUGAGUAAUCUCCGCUCGUUGAAUAUCAGUUCGAAUCGCCUCCAGGAUGUGAACGAUCUUGGUUUUCGGGAAAAAUCCCAGAACAAGGAGGAGAGUGGUGCUCACAACAGCAGUUCGGUUAGCUGUAGUUUGGAUCUAGAGGAUCUGGAUGUAUCGCGAAACCACUUUGUGUUGCUUCCUGCGAGUGGUUUUGGUAUGUUGAAGCGAAUGAAGCUGCUCAAAAUUCACGACAAUGAAAUCUCGAUGGUCGGUGAUAAGGCCCUUAACGGGUUGAAGGAACUGCAGAUAUUGGACCUGAGCUCCAACAAACUUGUCGCUCUGCCAACCGAUCUGUUUAAGGACCCUGCCCAAUCCAUCCAGGAGAUUUACCUACAAAACAACUCAAUCAGUGUACUUUCGCCCGGUCUUUUCUCCAAACUGGAGCAACUGCAAGCGCUAGAUCUGUCCAUGAAUCAGCUGACAUCCGCCUGGGUCAACCGGGACACCUUCUCCGGGCUCAUUCGCUUGGUGUUGUUGAAUCUGGCCAACAACAAAAUUACCAAGCUGGAAUCGGAGAUCUUCUCCGACCUGUACACGCUGCAAAUCCUCAACUUGCGACACAAUCAGCUGGAGAUUAUCGCAGCCGAUACGUUCUCGCCAAUGAACAAUCUCCACACGCUGCUGCUUUCGCACAACAAAGUGAAGUAUCUCGAUGCUUACUCCCUGAACGGAUUGUACGCCCUUUCGUUGCUCUCGCUGGACAAUAACGCCCUGACAGGGGUCCAUCCGGAGGCUUUCCGCAACUGCAGCUCGCUGCAGGAUCUCAACCUGAACGGCAACGAGCUGACGCAGGUUCCACUGGCCCUGAAAGAUAUGCGCCUGCUGCGGACCGUUGAUCUGGGCGAGAACUCCAUCAGCGUGAUUGAAGAACCGGGCUUCCGUGGUAUGAACAAUCUGUACGGGCUGCGGUUGAUCAGUAACAACAUUGAAAAUGUCACGCGGAAGGCGUUCAAAGAUCUGCCUAGUUUGCAGAUUCUGAACUUGGCACGGAAUAAAAUUCAAUUCAUCGAGAAGGGCGCCUUCGAACCGGCUGUGAGCGUGCAAGCCAUCCGGUUGGAUGGCAAUUUACUGACCGAUGCCGAGGGAUUGUUCACGGGAAUGCCCAACUUGGUGUGGCUCAAUAUUUCCGACAAUCGGUUGGAACAUUUUGAUUACUCCCAGAUCCCGGCUCACCUGCAGUGGCUGGAUUUGCACAAGAACGAGUUGACUGAGCUGAGCAAUCGGUACGGGCUGGACAAUCAGCUGUAUCUGCAGACACUGGAUGCGAGCUUCAACAAGCUGACGAAGGUGACGCCGACAUCGGUUCCCAACAGCAUCGAGUUCCUUUUUCUGAACGAUAAUCAGAUCACGCACGUGGAGCCGCACUGUUUCAUCCACAAGACGAAUUUGACGCGGGUCGAUCUGUACGCGAAUCAGCUGACCGGGUUGGACAUUAAGGCACUGAGACUUCAACCGGUUCCGGAGGAGAAACAGCUGCCGGAGUUUUACAUCGGGGGGAAUCCGUUUGUGUGCGAUUGUAACAUCGAUUGGUUGCAGAAGAUUAACCAUGUGACCUCCCGGCAGUAUCCAACGAUCAAUGACAUCGAGACGGUGUACUGCAAGUUGAUGUACAACCGCGAGAGGGCGUACAUUCCGCUGAUCGAGGCGGAACCGAAGCAUUUUUUGUGCAGCUACAAUACGCACUGCUUUGCGUUGUGCCAUUGCUGUGAGUUUGACGCGUGUGAUUGUGAGAUGACCUGUCCGAAUAACUGCCAGUGCUAUCAUGACAACAGCUGGUCGACGAACAUUGUCGAGUGUUCGGCUGCUGGAUAUACGGACAUUCCGAACAAUAUUCCGAUGGAUACGACCGAGGUGUACAUCGACGGAAACAAUUUGGUGGAACUUUCCGGGCAUAGUUUUAUCGGGCGGAAGAACUUGAGGGUGUUGUACGCGAAUCAUUCCAACAUAGAAAUCAUAUACAACACAACGUUCAUCGGGUUGAGGCGGCUGACGGUGCUGCAUCUGGAGCACAAUAACAUCCAGAAAGUGUACGGGAAUGAGUUUGGGGCGCUGGAGAGUCUGCGGGAGUUGUACCUGCAGGGGAACAAAAUUUCGUACAUUGAGGAUCACACGUUUUCGGAGCUGCGAAAGCUGGAGGUGUUGCGGUUGGAUGGGAACCGAAUCACCAGCUUCGAGGUGUGGCAGCUGGCGUCCAACCCGUAUCUGGUGGAGAUUGCUCUGGCGAACAACAUGUGGACGUGUGAUUGUGGCUUUUUGAACAAGUUGCGGGUCUAUCUGCAGUCCAACACCGAGAAGGUUAUCGAUGCCAACGAAAUCAGCUGCAUUUAUAAUAACCUGACGAGUAUUUUGAAGGAGAAGAACGGAACCAAGUGUACCUUCCGGGGUGAGGGCAUGAGUUCGAUUGUGCACACGCAGGAGAUCGAAGAUAUGUUACCGCUGCUGCUGGUGGCGACCUGUGCUUUUGUGGGGUUCUUUGGGCUGGUCUUCGGUAUGUUCUGCUAUAGAAAAGAACUGAAAGUUUGGGCUCACAGCAGCUGCCUCGGAUCGUUGUGCUACAAGUCGGGGACCUUUGUGAACGAGUUUGACAAGGAUCGGCUCUACGAUGCGUAUAUUAUCAAUUCACUACAAGAUGAGCACUUCGUGAACCAGAUACUGGCCACAACCCUCGAGAAUGACAUUGGAUAUCGGUUGUGUCUGCACUAUCGUGACUUCAACAUCAACACCUACAUUGCUGACACGAUUGUUGAGGCGGUGGAGAGUUCCAAGCGUGCUAUUCUGGUCCUGUCGAAGAACUUUUUGUACAACGAAUGGACUAGGUUCGAGUUUAAGGGUGCCAUCCACGAGGUGCUCAAGAGACGACGGAAGCUGGUUAUCAUUCUGUACGGAGAUUUGCCGCAGCGGGAUUUGGAUGCCGAUAUGCGUCUGUACUUGAGGACGAACACCUGCAUCGAGUGGGACGAUAAGAAAUUCUGGCAGAAGCUUCGGAUUGCGUUGCCCCAUGUGAAGAAGAGCAACUGUUUGAACAACAGAUCGGCCGUCAAUAUCUACGCGACGGCCAACGAAUACAACACCGCAGGACGAGCACGCGUAGGGGGCGCUGGGACGCUUCCGACUCCGGGACAGGCAAGGCUCGAGAGUCACAGCUACGCCACCAUUGGCGGGAAUUGCCCGAGAAACUGUGAUAGUUAUGAUACGGUUAGUAAUUGUAAAUAUAAUACGACGCAGCACGAGAGGCGGCUGAACGAUUUCAGCCGGAAAGUGACGGCGGAACGGCAGCACGAGUAUGCGGUUCCUUCCAACUGCCUGCUGGACACAACGCACGAAACUUACAACACCAGCUGCGAGCGGAUCGCAGGGGAAACGUUCGAGUGUACCUCCAGCAGCAAGUACUCGACAUCGUCGCGGGGUUCGAGCGAGUGCUCGCACUCGGUUGCGUCCACCCACGGUUACCACGGUGGUCCCCCGGGAGGAGGAGGUGGCCCAGCUAUACCCAAUGGCGGCGGCGGCCCACCGAACAUCCUGUCCACCAACUUCAUGGGUAAGCAUGAGCCCGGUGGCUACAACAAUACCAGUGCUUCGAAUAAUUUGACUAGUAGUAGUUACAAUAGCAGUAGGAAACCAAACAAUUGUGUUAAUGGAUGCAAUGAUAGUAGUAGUAAAGGUGAUAAAUCCAAUACGAACACGAUUGGAGACAAAAAUAAUUUCAAUGAUAGAAGACUGCCACAGGCAAUGUGGGCAUAACGAUUACUUAAAUACAGGUUAGUUAAUUAUUUUUAUCGUUGAGCCAGAGGGCGACAAAAUGGACUACAAAAAAGCCAAGAGAUAUUAUAGAAACAGCACUGCACUGUAAUCACAGCCACUCACUCGCAUAGUAACUCACAGAGAACAAACUACAAACUCUACUCGCUAACCACUCUCACCUAGACCUUAAGCUCUCUUCGAUUGCUCACUGAGUUUUGGGUUUCCAGUUCGAUUACAUUAGCUGACGUUUGACAAGCCACAUUCCAAACGCAUUCCCAACUCUCACAUCGAGUUUCCUCUACUCGAAUCAUAUACUAUCACUUCGGGGGGAAGUGGGGGUAAGACGGACAGGUGAGAAGAACUUCGAUCGUAUCUUUGAAAAAUUAUGUUUUCCAAACCUUAAAUGGAGCAUUGUGUAGUGUGUUUUCCAUUGUUUUUCACUGAAAUGAAAACAGACCGAAAAGAUGAACAUUUUUUAAGGUGCGGGUGAAACGGACACAUGGUGGGCAGGGUUGCCAUAAUAACAUCUGUGGUUUUGGUAAAAAAAAAUAUUUUAAUCUUGGUUUUCUGAUCAGAAAACAUGCAUUGAAAUCGAUUCACGAUUUCCUCAACACGAACUUCUAAAUCAAUGUGCUGGGGGAAUCCGAUUUGCAAAUACAUGCAAGUUGUGGGAAUUUUUUUUCCACUGAAGUGUGCCAUCUAAACCAAGGUGCCUUACAUAACAUGGCGUUUGUUCAAAUUCUUUACUUACACAGCAAGGAUGUUGAAUUCAAUUGAAUUCGAAAAUUAUUUCGUUCAAUCAAUAAUUUAAUCAAAUGAUUAUUAGGCCAACGGUAGUCCCACGUCAACCUUGCGAUUAUAUCAUUGAUAUAACCCACCCAUUUUUUGUAUCGGUUAUAUAGUGGCUUUCAACACUUUUGGGUGGUUCGUCGCUGGAUGAUGCGGAUAGAAUCAAAUUGGUUCGUUGAGAAGUAAAAUGUAUAUAUCACCGUGUACUCAUCAGAUACAACCGUUGCAUAUAUUUUUCCAUUUAUGACGAAUUUUGUGAAAACGAGUAGCACAUUUGUAGCAUUUACUCCAUCCCGAGCCCAAUCUGAACGAUCGAUUUUCCGGUUUCUAUCGUUUUGAUCGCUUUUUUUGUUUCCUUUAACAAUUUUAUCUCAUUGGAAGCAUCAUCCGCCGCGCCAACUCUUGGCGGUAGGAGUGAGAUGUAUUUUCGACUGAGUUUUCGCCCUUUCAAAUCGAACACAUGUCCAUCAUACCCCUACUGUCUGUCUUACCCGCACUUCCCCUACUCAACAUCGGUUCGACCCUUGGAACUUCUUCCCAAAUAUGCACGUGGAGACAAAAAAAACAAAAUCUAAUCGGAAGAGUCACGACGUUCAUUCCUUGAAAACAUUCUAGCUGUAACGCCUCCUCCGUAACCGCAGGAGGGUCGUGUUCACUUUUAGCGCCUGUAAAGUCCACGCAGUGCCUUUAGAGAAGACAACAUAAAACAAAAAAAUAUAGAGAAUACACACAUACACACAAAAAAAACGAAACGAGAAGCGUAUGAAAAUGAGAUUCCGAGCACAGCACAUACGGGGAAAGGUUAACAGUUACAAACUAAGCAGCAGUGAAAUAUGAAAUUCAAAAGCACUCAAACAAAUAUCCACACACACAAGCUAGCGUAGAGAAAAGUGAAACAGAUGAAGAGACGAACACAAAAGAUGAACCCAGUAGGAAGAAAACGAAGAAAGCUUCCCAGCGAGCAAAAACAUAACAAAAAAUUAUUCUAGUCACACAAAAGAAACGCAAACGCAGAGGAACUAAUUCUAAUCUCUUCAAAAUCAAUCUUCCAUUACGUUUGAUGAUUGAAAGCAUGUUCGUUUUCGUACGGUUGGCUUUUAUUCCUCCGGGGGAAAAACCUUUAAUAGAAUACAAGGAGAAAAAGGUAAUCUGAUUUUUCACGCUAAAGCUGGAGAGUCGUUUUAAUCGUUGAGAACUCUCACACUCAAAAAAAAAACCUAAUACCAAUGUAGACCACCCUAUUGGCGCACGGUUCAAUAUUCACCUCUCCUCGGGUGAUGCGAUUAGAUAAGAUUGAGAGAUUCCGCUCGGUUGAACCGAGAAAACACGCGAAAAACAUUGAUUUCCUCGAGAGCCCUCCAUGGGCGGGGGCGAGAAAGGGUCGAUCAAAUGGGGGGCGGGAGGCCAAUUUGCCCCUUCAUUGCUCUCAAGUGAUUAUUUGUACCUCGGAAGGUGGCUAUGGUUUUUUUUCUCGCUCCCCCUCCAAACAUUCUCCAACAAAUUCUAAAGUCGGAAAGAAGUUACCUUGUGGAUGAGUAAACAUUGCCCAAAAAAGCAGAAAACAGAAACCGAGAGGAAAACAUUUCUUAAGUGAUUUUUUAUGGCCAUUUAAUUGAGAACUCGUGAGCGAAGAGGAUUUACGAUGAAGCGAAAUAUUUUAAUUCCACCACUCCAUUCACAUAACCGCAGAGGGAAGUCGAAGCAGGAGAAAAAAAAUAUAUUCACAUAAAAACCCAAAAUAAAAACACCGAGCCCCGAGCACCGAAACAGCGGGGCGGAGAGGAAUCGAAAAUUAGUGCAACCACACCGGAACAGAAUUGAUUUACAUUCUCCCCGUGGGUUUUUGUUCCCACAGCUCACCACCACGCCCCUGAAGCGUGUUGCUUCGUUGUUUCGGGUCCAACUCCUCACGAGAAACCCUUUAACUGAAACAAAUUAGUCCAUAGCCAGAACAACUAACCAACCAACCCCCCACAGUCAGUCAGAACAGAACAGAACAACAACAAAAAAACUUUAUUUCGUCCAUUUGAAAAAAAAAGAAGUAAACUAAAUACCAUAACUGUGCAGUUCGAGCAGCAACGGCAGCAGCAGUGAACACUAGUUCCUCCAUAUUGGUGGACGGUUAGGUUUCCUAUUAAAAGAAGAAAACAGCAGAGCAGAGCGAACAUAACAAGGUGUAAAAAAAACUAUUUUGUUGUGUUAUUUUAUUACCUCAUUGAAGAAAGAAAAAAAUACAAAUGAAAGAAGAAAACUUGAAAAAAAUCACAAACACACACGCAGUUGAUAAGUCUUAUAUGUAAAUAGUGAACAUUCUGACAUUUAAAGCCAACUCUAGUGCUAUUAAAUUAUGUAAAUAUAGAGAGAAGACAUUUACGACUUAACUGCUAGCGGAAAAAAAAAACAUAAAAUUUAACGGUAUAAUAGAAGAUGCAAACCAACAACAAUACACACACGCAACACAAAUUUGAAUAGUGCUCUAAAACAAAAAGAACGAUACAAAUUAGGUGAAAACAAACAAACAAAAACCGAACAAAACUACUCGCUCCUUUGAAUUUAGUUUAGAGAUGAAGUGCUAAGCUAGGAGUGCUGCGUAGCAAACAGAGUGAAUUGCAAACAAGUCUUGUAAAUAUUGACGAUAGUGGGCGACGGUAAACUACCCGAGCAGGAGAAAUGUAAUUAUUUUAGUCCUUAAGAUUCCAGAAACGGUGACGUGUCAAUUGAAAAUAAAAAAUCAGACAAGGAAAUAUAGCGUCGCCGAAUAACCUAAUAAAGUAAUGAUAACACAACUGAGAAAUGCGAGAGAAUUUUAAGAAAGUAUAUGAGACAAAAAGCAAACAAAUUACGAAAAAUAAAAAUUAUAAUUUAUUUAUGAAAAUUAAA